ACCCGUUGCGCACGCAUCGAAAAUCAGCUGAUCGGAGUCGAAAGCGAAGUCACAUGUCACAUGAUAUUGUUCAGUGUUGAGCAACAUGGCUGCACGGCAUGAACCUGUGUAUUGGCUGGGGAAGGACACACUGAGAGUGUCAGCAGCCCUGUUCGUGGAGAACCGGCGGCGACUAUGCCAGGGCCUGAAGGCCAAGGAAGGGGUGGCCCCCAAAUCUGUGGUUGUGCUGCAGGGUGGAGAGCAGAAGCAGAGAUACUGCACUGACACAGACAUGCUCUUCCGACAGGAAUCCUUCUUCCACUGGGCUUUUGGAGUGACUGAAAGCGACUGCUAUGGAGCUAUUGAUGUAGACACAGAAAAAUCCAUUCUCUUUGUUCCCAAGCUGCCUGAGAGCUAUGCAACCUGGAUGGGAGAGAUCUAUCCAAAGGAACACUUCAAGACAAAAUAUGCAGUUGAUGAGGUGCAGUACACCUGUGAUAUUGCUGAUUUCCUAUCCAAGAUGAAGCCUGAGGUCCUUCUAACUUUGCGUGGCGUGAACACAGAUAGUGGGAGUAUUUGCCGGGAAGCCUCCUUUCCAGGAAUUAGCCAAUUCAAAGUGAACAACACUCUUCUGCAUCCAGUCAUUGUGGAAUGCCGGCUGACUAAGACUGAUAUGGAGCUGGAGGUGCUGCGCUACACUAACCGUAUUUCCAGUGACGCCCAUAAAGAGAUAAUGAAGAAAGUGAAACCUGGACUAAAAGAAUAUGAAAUGGAAAGUCUGUUCCAGCAUUACUGCUACACCCGUGGGGGAAUGCGUCACACCUCCUACACCUGCAUCUGUGGAUCUGGAAACAACAGCUCAGUACUUCACUACGGCCAUGCAGGAGCUCCCAAUAACAAGACCAUCAAUGACGGAGACAUGUGUCUGUUUGACAUGGGCGGAGAGUACUACUGCUACUCCUCUGACAUCACCUGCUCCUUCCCGGCCAAUGGAAAGUUCACUCCAGAUCAGAAGGCAAUCUAUGAAGCUGUUCUCAAGUCAUCACGGGCUGUCAUGGCUGCCAUUAAACCUGGGGUGAAGUGGACAGAGAUGCACCGUCUGGCUGACCGGGUUCACCUGGAGGAGCUGCUGAAGAUUGGGAUCCUGCGUGGAAGUGUUGAGGACAUGAUGAAGGUCCACAUGGGCUCGGUCUUCAUGCCCCAUGGACUGGGACACUUGCUGGGCAUAGAUGUGCACGAUGUGGGUGGCUACCCAGAGGGUAUUGAACGGGUCAAUGAGCCCGGGCUGAAGAGCUUGAGGAUGGGCCGUCUUGUUCAGGAGCGCAUGGUCCUGACUGUGGAGCCUGGUAUCUACUUCAUAAACCACCUACUGGACCAGGCCUUGGCCAACCCAAGCCAGAGCUGCUUCAUCAACAAUGAAGUGCUGGCUCGCUUCCGCGGCUUUGGAGGGGUGCGUAUUGAGGAUGACAUUGCGGCGACUGCCCAGGGAAUUGAGUUGCUCACCUGCGUUCCUCGUACAGUGGAGGAGAUCGAGGAAUUCAUGGAUGACUCUGGAAAAUCCUUCUAAAUACUCCGCUCAAAGCUCAUCUAACCAAAUCAUUUUUACACUCCUUAAUCUGUUUUCUGAUUUUAAGUGAGAUGCAGUUUGUAUUCAUUUACCUGUCCGCAUAUUGCAAUAUAAUCACAGAUGGGAAAAACCUUUUUCAAUUCAGUAAAUGCAGUAUCAGUAUCAUAACAUUAACUGUUUCAAGUUCCUUGAUGAUUCUUGUGAAAUACAGUAUAUCAAACACUGUAUAAAACAGAAAAUAUGCACAUCACUCAAUAACAUUGGAUGCAAUGAAAUCGGAACUUAAUAUAUAGAAGAAAUAAUUCAGCAGUUUCCGUAGCAUAACACCGUAAUACAUAACACGUGCAUCGAACUAUUUUAAGCUUCUUGUUAUAUUGAAACAUGCAUAGUCAACUGCAGGUCUCGGGCAAAUUUGUCAUGUCUGCAGCAUUGUGUUGAUUUUAGUCACAAUGUUGGUUAACCAGGUGCGCUGAGUAAAGACUGAGUUGAGACAUUACUUUUUACUUUAAACUGCAGUGUAAAAUUAAUAUUGACCGCAAUAUUUCAGUGCCUGGUAAAUUGCUUUAAGACUGUGUAAUAGAUUUAUUUUUUGUUUUAUAUGAUUCUCAAUCUACAGUGCAAUUAAAAUAAACCCCUCAAUUUGCAA